UUAUGCUCUUCAAAUAGCGAUUCAGAAACAUCAUUGUGAAUGAAUGUUGAUUCCGUUUCUAUAGGGUCAUAGCCAUGCGUUGGUUACCCACCCUUUCCUUCUCCCCUUCUCAUUCUUCUUCUUCUUCUUCUUCCUCCUCCUCCGCCACCGUCGACCACCGCAGGAAGGUCUGGCUCUUCGGGAACUCCUCCGACAAGAAGCGCACCCGCCACGUCGGCGAUCACGAUGCCAGGGGACACUUCUCCGACGAAGACGCCCUCGUCCCUUCCCCCCAUUCCUCCGUCGAGCCUCACCCCUUGCCCUUGCCGGAAUUCUCCUCCGCCGCCUUGCUCCGCCACAGAGAUGGUGAUUCCCGUCUGCCCUCGCCUACCGGCUUUCGUAUGCGGAGUGUUUUUGCAAGCCCAGAUACAAGAAAGAAUAUGGAGCAGGCUGAAACUAGGUCAUCAAGGUUGGUGCAUCAAGAUCUUGGUGGUUCUGAGAAUACUCGAGAUUGCGUCCAGGUUAGGAGUGCUUCGAGUAGUCCGUUUGCCAGUCCUUCAAUCAGUCCACAGAGAAAGAGAAAUGGUGAUUUUGUGCCAUAUUAUUAUGUGACUCCCGGAGGAAAACAAUGCUGGUCUGCACCAGAGAUGUCAACCUCUGAAGCCGGGUUACCACCUCCUGCAUUCUUUGAUUUAUCAACAUUAGGCACUAAUGCUUCUCCACCUCCCCAUCAAAGUCCACAGGUAAGAGGUCCCCAGGGACACCUUAGGAGCUCAAGUGGACCUCCAUCAACCAUACAUACCUUGCUAUCCCUUGAGAUCUCAACCGCACGUCGCGAAAGUAAUGCUCCUGUCAGUGUUCACCCCUUACCCUUGCCUCCUGGGGCAGCCUUGCCUUCACCAUCUGCUGCGGCUACUCUUUCCCAUGCUGUGGCAUUGCCAAUGAAAAGCCAGUGGAAAAAAGGGAAACUUAUUGGGCGCGGCACAUUUGGAAGUGUUUAUGUUGCCACCAAUAGAGAAACUGGAGCAUUAUGUGCAAUGAAGGAAGUGGAAUUAUAUCCUGAUGAUCCAAAAUCUGCAGAGUGUAUGAAGCAGUUACAGCAGGAAAUCAAAGUUUUUAGCCAUCUAAAACAUACAAACAUCGUGCAGUAUUAUGGCUGUGAAAUAGUUGAAGACCGGUUUUAUAUUUAUCUGGAAUACGUUCAUCCCGGUUCAAUUAAUAAAUAUGUCCAUGAGCAUUGUGGAGCCAUAACAGAAUCUGUCAUUCGGAAUUUCACUCGCCAUAUUCUUUCGGGGUUGGCUUACUUGCAUAGCAAAAAAACAAUUCAUAGGGACAUCAAAGGGGCCAAUUUGCUUGUCGAUUCUGCUGGUGUUGUUAAGCUUGCUGAUUUUGGGAUGGCUAAGCAUCUAACUGGAUAUGAAGCUAAUCUUUCUUUGAAGGGAAGUCCGUACUGGAUGGCUCCAGAGCUUUUGCAGGCUGUGAUGCAAAAGGAUAACAGCUCUGAUCUAGCUUUUGCUAUUGAUAUUUGGAGUUUGGGUUGUACAAUCAUUGAAAUGUUCACAGGGAAGCCUCCUUGGAGCGAGUAUGAAGGAGCUGCAGCUAUGUUCAAGGUUAUGAGAGAUACCCCUCCUAUACCUGAAACAUUGUCAUCUGAGGGUAAAGAUUUCCUGAGGUGCUGCUUUAAAAGAAAUCCGGCAGAGCGACCGUCUGCUGCAGUGUUACUAGAACAUCGAUUUUUGAAAAACUCACAACAACCAGAUGUUUUAUCUCCCACUCAGCAGUACAAUGGAACAAGUUUCAUGGAUAAACCCCAUAGUCCCAGAGGGCAAUCUGAAAAUAAAUCUGAUCAGAUGUUUAUCCCCAGUGCAAAGAUAGCAAACGGGAAAGCCGCUGUGAGGCGAGGAUUUCUCGUUCCUUCUUUAGAUAUUCUCCCUGAAUAUUGGGACCAAUGACUCCAUUCUCUUCUUAGUCUUGUAUAUUUUAGCCUUGCAUGACCUAUUGCUCAAUCUAUAUGCACCAUUCUUUUUCUAUGCUGAAAUUGGGCAACCAUCUCACAACGUUUAACUUAGCAGUGGCAUCACAGUACUCUAUUUCCUCCCUCUACUCUUGGAGCACUUCCUACACUGUAUAUUGGUUUGCAAGUUGCAACACUGAGUGUCCAAUAGCUUGUGAUUGAUUGUCAGUGAUUCUGUCAAAAGAAAAAAUGGUAUUUGCAAAUGACUGCGCUGAGGGAAGUUUUCAUUAUUUAUGCUAGUGAUGAGGCCCAUUGUUGGACUGUAGUUUACAUGGACACUCUUGUAGGUGACUUGCAGCUGUUCCCAUCAUAGGUUCUUUCCCAAGUUUAUCAUUGAUGAAAGCGAAGAGCUUCAGUUUGUAAGUUAUGCUGCAUGAGAAUCUAGCAGCAGUUUUUGUAUAAUAUAAUUGUACUGACUUAGAGAGCUGCAGCAAUUAACCUUCUAAAGUGCAUAUUUAUAGUUUUCUACCUCCAUCUACAUUAGGCUGAAGUCAAGAUUGUGUAGAUAUUAUUAGAAAAAUGCAUCCCUCUCGCUUUCAUGGGGAUUCUGAUUUGGUUGCUUAUGUUAGCAUUUUCAGUUUACUCCAGAUGUGUUGUACUUGUAAUAAUGACUGUCUCAAAUUUUUAAGCUUUAGAUUAUGAAAAAUUAU